AUGACUACCGGUACUAUUACAAGCACCACCCACCUAUCAUACCGAACCCAUUCCCUGCGAGAUCUAUCGUACGGGCAACAGAGCAGAGAGAAAGAGCCCGAGAAUCUCCGACCCGUACGUCAAAAACCUUAA